UUGAAGCGUAAGAUUAUUUGUGAUAGAAAGGAUGAGAUUUGGAUCAAUUACUGUGGCAUGCCGGUUUGCUUUGGCAUGAAGGAGUUUGCCAUAGUUACCGGAUUGAGAUGUUAUCCUUGUGAGCCUCUUCCUACUGUUGUAUUAACCAAGCCAGCCCGGACACCCAAGGCAGCCAAGAAAGCAAAGGGUUCCAAAGCUAAGAAUGAUGUCUCUUUGGUAAACUUAGUGGGAAAGAGCUACACUCAAAAGAAAUUGUUGCAAGAUUUGGAGUCCAAAACUUUCUCAAAAAAGCACAAGGAGGCACUGUGCUUAGUUUGGUUUGUGCACGUGUUCUUUGGGCAAGAGACGUAAACUACAACAUACCGCUUGGAUUGAUUAAACUUGCUGAGGACUAUGAUGCCUUCAACAACUAUGCCUGGGGUUUUCAAAGCUUUAGCUUGACUGUUGAAUAUUUGAUGAAGGAUUUGAAGCCAACGGGGAAGACACAAAACCUAUAUGGCUUCCCUUGGGCUUUCAUGGCUUGGGCAUUUGAAGCCAUUCCUCACCUCAAGCAUCAAGUCAAGGAAUACUCCGAAGAAGUUACCUAUCCAAGAAUUCUUAGAUGGCUCACUGCCAGGAACAACACAAAAUUGAGUGUUGACCGUUUCAACCCCCCUAAGGAAGUCGUUGUGAACCCAUGGCUUGUCCCAACAAUAAGAGAGUUGGAGAUGCCAUGCCUUGUCACCUUUGUGCCCAAAGAAUCUGUGCCUGACAGAUUGAUUGAUGGGUUCAAAGGGGAAUUGGCUGGAGUGACAGCCAUCACUAGGGUUGAUGAUGUUGUAGCUGGUGGUGGUGGUCAUGUUGCUGGUGGUCAUGUUGUUGUUGGUGCUGGUGGUGAUGUUGCUGUUGGUGGUGCUGAUGCUGUUGGUGGUGUUGUUCAGCCUGUUGAUGUUGUUGGUGGUGGUGGUGGUGGACUUGGUGAUGAUGUCCCAGCAAGUAUUCUUUGGGGAAAAAUUAAGAGAUAG